AUGUUAAAGUUUGGUAUCAAGUCAGCAAUUUUAGGGUCUGCUGUUUACUACACAGUUGAUAAGGGCGUUUGGAAAGAUAGUGCAACCACAUCUGAAUUAUAUAAAGAGUUAGAAAACGGAGUUUCUCCUUACGUUGGUGAACUACGUAAGCAAAUACCUUAUGAGCUUCCACCACUACCAUCAAACGAUAGAAUAUCUUACCUCUUCAAAUAUUACUGGAAUAGUGGAGUAAAGACAACUUUCAGGUUUCUCGUGGAUUUACCAGAUCACACAUCUAAUGCUGCUCUAUCAACUUAUGAAUUUAUGUCAUCUUUAUUAGAACAAGAACAAACUAAAAGUACAAAUGAAGAACAAUCUAAACAAUAA